AUGGAUCUGAUUAUUGCUGGUUUACUCUUCCCGAGCUGGAUAAGUAUGAUGAGGCAUAUCGAGGAUAACUUAAAAUUAGAUUCUGAGAGAUUCAGUUCCCGAAUGAAAUCAGAAGUCGAGCACACAGCAAAAAUCUUACACUCGAUGAAUUCGACAGCUACAGCUUUAGCCCAAGUUCUGCAUUCAUCUCUAAGCAGCACAAAUUUUUCGUUUGUGGAUAUCGAAACUAAGGUGGCUCCGUCAAUGUUUCAAGCUUUAUUGGUGGUUCCGCACAUUGCUCAGAUUUCUUAUGCUGGAGUAGACGGCCUCUUCUUCUCCUACUAUAUCGAUCGCAACCAAAUCGCCGUGCUGUAUGCCAACUCUUCCCUCUAUGCCAAUUCAAGUUCGCCUGACUUGAACAGCUACACUUGGUAUAAACAACUGGUAGACCCUAACACAGGAAAGCUCCACGGAGAUGCAACCAUAUCUCGUCCUCGAUCUCUUGUUAGUUCUACUUGGUUCCGAGAAGCCUUGAAUAGCACAAAUGGGGUUGCCUCAUUAGACAUUGGAUGGAACCACAAGCAGGACCGUGUAUUGCUUAAUGCUGCGAGUGUCGAUGCAAGAGGAGUAGUCUCGGUUGGGAUUCUUGUCAAGCAAGUAACCGAUUUUUUCUCAGAUAUGAACUUAGGGGGAAGCAGCUUGUACUUGGUUGGUGAAGAUGGGGAAGUACUUCUACCGGGCCUUCCGAACACCCGUAUGUUUAUUUCUGAUGAUUCUGUUUCCAUUCAAGUAAUGGCUCGAGAUGGUGUCAGAGCAGGUCAUAUUGGUAAAUUUUCCUGCAAAUUUAGCGAUGCCAAAUCAGGAACAUCCACAAUGAAUUAUCAGAAAAUGAAGUAUAUGCUCCACUGCGCACCGGUCAAUAUAUUGGGAAAGCAAUCUGUGUACGUGUUGGUCGUCCCUGACCAGCCACUGAUUGGUUUUGCUCACCAGAAGCACACAUUUUUGUCGCUUCUCAUAGCAUUGCUCAGCAUGGAGGUCAUCACCAUUUUGAGUUUUGUGUUCUUGGUUAUGAGGGCUUUGAGAAGAGAGAUGCACUUGCGCGCCAUACUUAUAAAGCAAAUGGAGGCAACUUGGCAAGCUGAGAGUAAGAGCAUGAGCAAGAGCAAUGCAUUUGCUCAAGCGAGCCACGACAUUCGCGCGUCUCUAGCUGGAAUUACCGGCCUUAUAGAGAUAAGUUACGACGAAGUUUCUCCAGGCUCUGAGCUAGUGAAAAAUCUGAAGCAGAUGGAAGCUUGUGCAAAGGACCUGUUAGCUUUGUUAAAUUCAAUUCUCGAAACGAGUAAAAUAGAGGCUGGGAAAAUGCAACUGGAAGAAGAAGAAUUCGAUUUGGCUCAACUUCUCGAAGUUGUGGUCGAUCUAUAUCACCCGGUGGCCAUGAGAAAAGGCGUAGACGUGGUCCUAGACCUGAGCGAUGGCUCACUGCUCAAGCAUUCACUUGUUAAAGGUGAUAGGGGAAAGCUCAAACAGAUCAUGUCUAAUUUGUUAAGCAAUGCCGUUAAAUUCACCGACGAUGGUCACAUAUCUGUUCGAGCAUGGGUUCAAGAACCCAGCUUCGAAAAUUCGAUGCAGGCUUCUGCUUGGAAUAGCUGGCUCACACACUUAUCAUGCUUGUUCUCUGAGAAAGAUGAAAAUGACAAUGACAAUGAAUCUGAGAGUGAAGUCCGGCAAAAUCCUGGUUCUGCAGAAUUCGUAUUCGAGGUAAAUGACACGGGCAAAGGGAUUCCCAAAGAGAAGCGGAAGUCAGUCUUUGAAAACUAUAGUCAGGUGAAAGAAACGGCUCAAGGACAAGGAGGCACCGGUUUGGGCCUCGGCAUCGUUCAGUCUCUGGUUCGCCUCAUGGGUGGAGACAUAGAGAUAGCACAUAAGGACAUUGGCGAGAGAGGGACAUGCUUCAGGUUCAAUGUUUUUCUCACUCCAUGUGAAGCCGGCGCCAAGAAAUCGUCAGACGGAGACCUCGAGCCCGGAGGUUACAGCAUGGCAUGUAGUCUCGGGUUAACUGUCCACACUCCCAGUCCUGCCCUGAGCUUUCAUAGCUCUCGACAAGCCCUUAAUCCCAAAUCAGAAGACUCUCGUGUUGUGUUACUGAUCCAGAGCGAAGAGCGGAGGAGAAUUUGUCGGAGUUUCAUGGAAAGACUUGGAAUAAAAGUACUCAUAGCGAGCCAGCGGCAGGAUCUUCGUAUGAUUCUCAAGAAGGUGCUUACAAAGAUCGACCUCUCGCAACAUAGCUCCUCGGGAAAAUCUGACCUGAGUUUAAGGAGCGUUUCCAGUGACAAGUCCCCUGGCAAAGCCAGAGAUGUGCCUCUAAGUUCCCAGGACGGAGCAGACCGUAUCCUCCCUGUGUACGACCAAAGUAAUAGUCGCAAAAAUGAAGCAGGCUUCAUGCUACUUAUAAUAGACGCAAGCUCCGGGUCAUUUCGAGAGCUAUGUAAGGCCGUGGCUGAAUUUAGACAAUUUAUGCCGAGCAAUUGUUAUAAGGUUGUUUGGUUGGAUAAACCGACGAUGAGGAAUAUCGACCAGAGGGCCAUUAGAGACAGCAAGAUAGACCCCUGUGACAUCGUCAUGUCAAAGCCCUUUCACGGGACCCGUCUGUUCCAAGCGACAAGGCUUCUUCCGGAGUUUGGGGGCUUUGGGCUAAGAACGUUGAGAGAGCAGGCGGAGGAGAGACCGUAUCAGCAUGCAGGAGUGACUAAACUUGUAGCACAAGAAACUGGAAACACUAGCAGAGAGAAGCCUUUGAGUGGAAAGAAAGUGCUGGUCGCCGAUGACAGUGAUGUAAAGCGAAAACUGGCCGUAGCUAAUCUUUUGACUCUUGGCGCGACCAUCCAUCUCUGCAAAAAUGGGGAAGAAGCCGUUGAAUCAAUUCGCGAGGGGCUUUCUGAUGAUUGUCCUUAUGAUUACAUAUUGAUGGACUGCCAGAUGCCGAUAAUGGAUGGUUAUGAAGCAGCAAGACAGAUUAGAGAGGAGGAAAAGUAUUACGGCGUCCGUACGCUGAUCAUAGCAUUGACGGCUCAUUCCUCGGGCUCCGAAGUGGAGAAGAUAUUUGAGGCCGGGAUGGAUUACCACAUGCCAAAGCCCGCGAACGCGGUUCGACUAAUGAAAGCCAUCAAUCAAAUUGACAGCAGAUGA